CACGUUUCUCCCUCGCCUCUCUGAGAGUCAAGAGAGCAGUACUCAGGGUUCAACUAAUCCAACUCCUCACAAGGAAAGCAGGAUCCAAGUAGAACUGAAUCAUGGCAAACAAGACGAAAACAACUUCAUCAUCUUCGCACAGUUCAGGGGUUAUAUAUAGCAAAGAUGAGGAUGCUAUCUUAACUUAUAUCAAAGAACAGUCUAAGAAAGAGUUAGAUCCACUGCUUCUCAAGGAAUCAGCUGGUAAAGAAUCUUGUUGCAUCUUCAGAAUUCCUGAACGCCUUGCAGAAGUGAACCCCGAAGCCUACAAGCCCAAAGUUGUUUCAAUUGGUCCUUACCAUUACGGAGAAAAGCACCUCCAAAUGAUUCAAGAGCACAAGCCUCGGUUUCGGAAGCUUUUCCUAGAUAAGGCAAGAGAAAAGAACGUGGAAGAAAACGUCUUGUUUAAGGCCGUAAUGGAUUUGAAAGAAACUAUUACGACUUCUUAUUCUGAGGAACUUCGGAAAACUUCAUCGGAACUAGUGCAUAUGAUGAUUCUGGAUGGGUGCUUCAUUCUCAUGUUGUUGCUUAUCGAGUCAAGAGUUAUUGACUUUGAUAAGAAAGAGGAUCCAAUUUUCACGAUCCCGUGGAUUCUCCCGUCUAUUAAGAGUGAUCUUCUCUUCUUGGAAAAUCAGGUUCCUUUCAGUGUUCUUAAAACUCUUUUGGAAAUAUCAAAGAUAGAUAUCUCUGGUGAUGUAAACAGGAUGGUGUAUCCUUUCUUUAACUCCUCAAUAGAUAUACCAGAAAGGAAUCGUGUGAGCCAAACAAACUUCGAGGCAAAACAUCUUCUUGAUCUCAUUCGUAAGACCUUCAUACCUACUAUGGGAGAAUCUGAAACAACGUCAACGUCAGCGACGUCAGGUGUUGAACCUAAAACAACAUCAUCCUCAUCAAAAGAAUUCAUUUUAUCGGCCAAAAGACUUCGCCUCCGUGGGAUAAAGUUCAGGAUUAGGAGUGAUGCAGAUUCGGUAUUGGAUAUAAGACUACAGAAGAACAGGCUUCAAAUACCACUGUUAAGAUUCGAUGAGUUCAUCAGCCCAAUCUUCCUCAACUGUGUCGCCUAUGAACAGUUUUAUACAAAGAGUACCAACCACAUAACAAGCUACGUAGUUUUCAUGGGAUGCCUUCUAAAAGGCGAGGAAGAUGCGGCUUUCUUGAGCAACGACAAGGAGAUCAUAGAGAACUACUUUGGCAGCGAGAAUGAGGUAUCCCAGUUUUUUAAAAAUAUAAGUAAAGAUGUUGUAUUUGACAUAAGUAAAAGUUACUUACGGAAUGAGUUUGAGGGAGUUAACAAGUACACAUCAAAAUGGUACAAUAGAGUAUGGGCAGGCUUUAGGCACACACAUUUUGAGUCCCCGUGGACUUGUCUGUCAUCGUUUGCUGUUAUUUUCGUUAUUCUUCUUACCAUGCUACAGUCCACUGUUGCGAUUCUUUCCUACCUCAACGACAAAAAGGAUGAUGGAAAUGCACCUCCUCCAUUACGUUCUCCUUAGGGCAAGAGAGCAACGGACGCUCUAAAAUGGUUUCCACGUCUUUAUGAUUUAUUAUUAGUUUGUUCUAUGUUGUGUUAUUGCUAUUUAUGCGGUGAUGACUUUAUCCUAUAUGCUUUUG